CAUUCGGGGCUGGAACUCGAACGCUGACGUCUGCUCCUGAGCCGGGCGCUGCCUCGCGCCUGAUUGGCGGGUCCUCGGGGCCGCCCUCCCCAGCGCACCACCCCUGCGUUCCCUCCCGGGUCCGCAGUGGAAACACUGCCCUCUCCCUUCUUGACCCCUAGCCCUUCCUUCCCUCCCUCCUUCCCUCCUGUCGCCGUCUCUUCUGGCGCCGCUGCUCCCGGAGGAGCUCCCGGCACGGCGAUGGGUUCUCGGGCCUCCACGUUACUGCGGGACGAAGAGCUCGAGGAGAUCAAGAAGGAGACCGGCUUUUCCCACAGUCAAAUCACUCGCCUCUACAGCCGGUUCACCAGCCUGGACAAAGGAGAGAAUGGGACUCUCAGCCGGGAAGAUUUCCAGAGGAUUCCAGAACUUGCCAUCAACCCAUUGGGGGACCGGAUCAUCAAUGCCUUCUUUCCAGAGGGAGAGGACCAGGUAAACUUCCGUGGAUUCAUGCGAACUUUGGCUCAUUUCCGCCCCAUUGAGGAUAAUGAAAAGAGCAAAGAUGUGAAUGGACCCGAACCACUCAACAGCCGAAGCAACAAACUGCACUUUGCUUUUCGACUAUAUGAUUUGGAUAAAGAUGAAAAGAUCUCCCGUGAUGAGCUGUUACAGGUGCUACGCAUGAUGGUCGGAGUAAAUAUCUCAGAUGAGCAGCUGGGCAGCAUCGCAGACAGGACCAUUCAGGAGGCUGAUCAGGAUGGGGACAGUGCCAUAUCUUUCACAGAAUUUGUUAAGGUUUUGGAGAAGGUGGAUGUAGAACAGAAAAUGAGCAUCCGAUUUCUUCACUAAAGGAGACCAAACUGUUCCUUGCGGUCUAGUAUUUAAGAACUGGAACUUGAAAGUCCUCCUUCCACCAACUCCACCUCCACCCCUCAUUUCCCUUCUCCCAAAGUACUACUGCUGUUGCAUGACAACCCCAAAUAUGUUCUGUCAACACAAACCUGCCUUUGGUGUAUAAACAGGGCAUUACAGAAUGGUACACCCUAUAUAUUUCUGUUCAGUAUCCAUUCACUAGUUCUUCAUUUAUAAAUAUCAUCUUCCCCAUUCUGCUGCUGAAUGCCACACAUCCAUCCAGUCUGAGAAAGUGACAGAGGCAAUCAUGCCGAGAACAAGCCAGCAAAGCUCUUUCACCAGAUGUAGACUGUAGCCCUGCUGCCUUCCCUCCAGCGAGUCUGCCAGCAUGCUUCUUCAUCCUUUUUAUAUGUUCUUUGCUUCCUACUUCCCUGUCAUCCAACAUACUGUUCACUUACUCUGGCAGUCUUUCUGCUUUUCAUUAAGCCUCAAAAUCUCCUCUGUUCUACUUGACACCACAAGCUAUGCCCUAUAUAUGUAUUUCUGACUUGGCAGGAUAGUUCAGGGGUCUGGCAGUUUUUAUUUACCUUCAUUAUUAAAUGGGCCUCUGGGAUGUUGCCUCUCCAGGAGCUUUUUGGUAACCAACACUUCUCUCAGAAGUAUGAGACCAUCCUCUGCACUCUGCUCUGUCAUCAAAGGCUGCUGGGUGGAGAUACCCUUUUUGAAAGGUGGCCUUGGUGAGAGGUAUGGAGUCAAGUCUUCUAGGUUGCUUGCCCACAUCACUCUACCUCUGGCCUCUGAUUCUCAACUUUGUACCUAUGUGGCUCCUCUUGUUAGUGCAGUGUUGACUGUUCAAAAAACAGCAGUAUGCUUACAGGUUUGCUUAGUUUGGGGACACCGUUACCACCAGAAUGGCUGCUCUGACAAUAUGCCUAGGGACUUUCUCAUGGGUUUUUUUAACAAGGAGGCUGGACACCCUAUAAAGCCUCAUGCAUUCACACCUUUGUAGCAUGGUUUAUGCCUCAGUGUUAUGUGCACUGGAAUGUUUUCCACUUCACAUUUCCAAGUAGAAAGAUUCGUGUUACAGAAGUGCCUAAUAUCCCAGUCCAAAUAUAUAUAU